AUGAACGAUUGGGCGCCUUUAAGAAGGGUCAAUUCAGUAUUCCCUCCGUUCUCCGAAGUCAACGAACUCGACGAGCUCGACGGCAAUGACGAUGAGAAUGGUUGCCACUCUAUACUUCGCAAGCACAAAUCACUUCCUCCACCGCGGAAAAAAAGUGUACAGUUUGCAGAUGGCUGCGGGAAACCUCUCGUUUCUGUUUACAGCGACGAUGAGUACAACAUACACGUCGCUUUGCAAAUGACCAAACGUGAACUUCAGCGAGCGAAGAAAAUUUUACAUGUUUGUUUUCCACAACCGGUUGCUUCAGAACAGUUCCGAGACAAGCUAGAGUUGCAGACGGUUUGUCUUGAAAACGCAGUGGCUUCACAAAAUUCAAUCUGGGGAACGAUAAAGGUGAAAAAUAUCUGUUAUCACAAACGUGUAUCAGCCAGGUACACUUUAGAUAGUUGGAUUUCUUCCACAGACUUAGAUGCGGUCUAUGUACCUGAAUCGAACGAUGGCGCAACAGACAGAUUUUCAUUUGCUAUAACGCUUCCUGAAUACUUCCUCGCUUCUGGAGGAGCUUUAGAGUUUGCUGUUCGCUUUGAAGGCGAAGGAAUUGAGUUCUGGGACAAUAACAGUGGCCGAAACUACCGCAUUGAGUGUUUGGAGGCCACGGCAUCGAACGGGGGAAAGUUCGAUAGAAUGGCGAACUUAUUUAGAAAUGGUUUUAGGCAGUGAACAAAGUAACAGGAACAAGAGAUUAUAUCGAUAUUUCCGCAACCAACGAAGUGAAAAUAACAAGGGAGCGAACACUUUCGACCACUAUCUAACCGGAAAUUUCUUUGUUUCUUUGUGUACUCCAAUUAACACCACGUUUGUAAUUUUUUCUCGAGGCCGCUUUCCAGCUAUCUUUUAAUACUUCGAUGUCAAUGUAAAACACCACCAGGAUGAGGACCACGUUUGCCACAUUCAAAGUCCAGUUCAAAUACCGAAAGACGAUAUAUUAGGGAUUAUCGUGUUUCGUUGCAUGGGAAAGGUACGACCUGGACAUAAAAUGUACUUGAGAAUUAUCACGCCUUCCGGCGAUGUUUCGUGGGGAUUGAUUUUCACGUGAGUUCUAUUAUAACAUAGUAAAUUUCUUGUAAUCUUAGCUAUUUGUAAGUUGUUGUUUCGAUGGGUAAAGCGAAGUCAGGAAAAUGAAACUUAAUCACUUAUCAAUAUUGACAAAAUGACUAGAAUUUGAAAUUAGUUAUGCCCACAACGUGACAUUGUCACGCAAGAUAUGAAUUUUUUUGUGUUUUUUUGUUUUAAAGGCUUGGAAAUUGUGUCAAACAGUUUCAAUUCUUCCUACUACAGUGGUUCCUCUGAAAACUAUUUUCUAGUUUAGUUUUUGACGAAGUAAACUUUGAUUUUCCGUUAAUCCAUGGUAAACCUUCAAAUAUCCUAUAUAUGAUUUCUGUUUUUGAUGUAGUUACUGUGAUUUGUGAGAUUUUUUGGCAGCUUCUUUAGUUCUAUAUUUUAAGAGAAUUUCUAUUUUGAUCUCUGGGAGAGCUUUCAGAAACAUUUUAAGGCUUUUUACAAGCCCUUCUUUUACUUCAUCUUACAACUUUGAACUUAAAACACUUAUGUCUUAUCUGUUGUAGAUAAAAAUUAUGAUCAGUAGCGAUAAUUUUCUUUUAGCACAAAUCUGAUCUUCAUUUGCACACUGUACUUUUUCAAUGUUGAUUGCUGUUGAGAGGCUUGAAGCUUUGCUCUAAAAUUUAUUAUCUUUAAUAAAUUUAAUUUCCAUUUAUUUAGUAUGAGUUAGUAGUAUUUUUCUACUGAUUUUUUCAUUAUAUGAAAAAGAAGCAGUUUUUUUAAAACAUUUAACAAAAAAAAUUGCGAAUAAAAGAUUUUGUAAAAGCAUAUUAGAAAUAUGUUGAGAUGUUUCAACAUUUGGCUAAUGUCAUUAUCAAGUCAAAGAGUGAAAGAUAAAAAAUGGAACGUUUUUUUAAACAAAGAGUUUUGCACAAAUGGAAUUAGUCUGCAUGUUGAGACAAGGAUUGCGCUGCUUGAUGAAAAGCAUCUCAUAGACAGGACAGUCAUAUUUUUCCUUGACACUUUUUUUGUUUACCGAUCGCAGAGUUUUUAUGUUAAACAAUAUGUUGGUGGAGGUGUUGAGCUGUAAAGCCGAUAUAAUCUGAAUCACACAGAUCACAUAUAAAAGAGUGAACAUUUUUUAUCUCUCACUCUGACUUGAUAAUGACAUUAGCCAAAUGUCGAAACGUCAUCAACAUAUUUUCAAUAUGUUUUUACAAAACCUUUUAUUGCAAUUUUUUAACAUUAAAGAUUUUUUUGUUAAAUGUGAAAGAAAGCAAUGUUUGUUUAAACUUAAACAUCAGCUAAAUGAGUAACUCAAUGACAAUCAAACAAGAACAUUAUGAUAAAAAUUCCUUUUUAAUUGCUGGGAAUUAAGGGAACAUCAUAAAUAAGAAGUCACUGUUAGCAAAUGAGCAUAAAUGUUACUGCAAAUUUUGGAUGAUGUGAACCUUUUACUGACCAAUUUCGAGGUCUGGACCACAAGUUACGGUCCAAGUUUUUUAAAUGCUGAUUUAUGGCCCAAGUGCAAAGCCUGUGGGUCAUUAAUCUGAGAAGAAAAAUAAUGUUUUGUAACUUACAGUACGGACCGAGAAAACAAGGUUAGAUAUUAGAUAUAUCUCUGCACUCAAAAGAUUUCAGUUGUAACAAAUUUUUGAAUUUAGUAGGCUGUAUAGUGAAAUAUGGCCCGCUAAAAUUGACCAAUCACAACACACUUACCAAAUGAGAGAUACAAUGAGUAAUAGUAUUGUAAAAAAUAUGUUUAUGUAUUCAUCAGCUUUUCAGGUUGCAUAGUGAUUGUAAAAGUGAUUACUCACAUCAGCAUUAGUAAAUGUGGGUGAUAUUUAUCAGACUUGUUUUUGACUCCAAUUCUUCAAUUUCAUCUCCACUUAAGUGAACAGAAUUAUUGUGGUUUAUUAUCUAGUCUCCAAUUCCAAAUCAUUGUAGCCAUAGCAUUGUAUCUGAAAUUGUGGCCAGAUAUUCAAAAAUCUUUAGGAUUCCUUAGCAUUUACCAACUUAUUACUUAGUCAAAAAUGUUAGAUUAAUGUUCAAGGAAAUUGUGUUGGAACCAGUUUAGGUUUAAUCAGAGGCCUCAAUGUUUUGCCAAACAUUUGAUCCAGAACAUGUUGCAUUUAUAUAUUACACAGAAAACAAAUAAUCAACCAUUUUUAUCUGAAUUAAUCAAUCAGUACAGGUAAUUUUGCUACACACAAAAAAUUGAAAUACUUUUCAUAGAUUACUUUCCUUGACUGGAAAAGGGCAGUAAGAAAUUCUUGUUUUAUGCCUUCUUUCUCUUUUUAUGCCUUUUCUUUAGAGAAAAGGUGUGAAAUAGUCUGUGUCACAAUAACAUAUACACAGUUGCAAAAACAGCACCAUCCAACAGAGCAUAAACUAUACACAAUGUAACAAAACUUGAACCACAAACAAUGAGAUUGAAAAGUUUCUGUGUAGUGUUCAUAUAUCUUCAUAUUAAACAGAAAUUUAAUUAUAAUCUUUUUCACAUAAAAUCUUUCAAAGAUAAUUCUUUCUUUCAGGAAAUGGAUAGCCUCAAUUAUUAUAAUGUAAAUAAUCAUCUUACCCAUAGGGCCUUUCUGUCUCAUUGUUCAUGGAAUUUUUUAGGUGUUGACAUUUUUGCAACGGGGUGUCUCACUUUGAUCCACUUUCAGAUCAUGGCAGGUUUAGUGGCCAUCUUGCAUGAAUCAUGCGUAUUGUAAAGGCUCUGUUAGAGUGAGAGGUGUAUAAAUUUACUUUGUCGAUUUUGUAAAGUGGCUUAGCUGUUAGUCUAAGUGGAGUCACUUAUUUUUAAAAGUUGAUGAACUCAGUUUUGUAAUGUUAUUAAUGUCAUUGUGUGUUAACUUAUAAAUGAACAGCUUAAUACCAGUAGGCCAUAAUAUUUUUUGUAAUAUAUGACAUCUUUUAAGUAGGGUUGAAUGAUGUAUUGAAGAAAAUAUCCUUUGAAAAUAUUGUUAAAUGAAUAAAAGUGUUUGAAUAUGUUGUGCUGUGAAAUAGUUCAAAUACUGUAUGAAAGUAUGUUCUGCAAUUUGGUGGUAACAACUGAGUUGAAAGCGUAAAUUGGCCACCGUAAAGAGUUAAAAGGCUGACGUUUCAAGCGUUAGCCCUUCGUUCGAGCGAUUGACGAAGAGCUAACGCUCGAAACGUCAGCCUUCUAACUCUUUACGGUGGCAAAUUUAGGUUUUCAACUCAGUUGUUAACACCAAAUUACCUGUUAUACUUUCCCACCGACGCAGCACCACAGUUUCUUUAGAAACUUACCCCCCUCCUCUCAUGUUCUGCAAUAUUCAUUACAUUUCCAUUUGUUUCAUUUCGUUUUCAUGUAGAGUGACUGCUUCAUCUCAUGCUUCCCUUUAAUUUUCUUACAAGACAGACGAGAAAUGCUUUGAUCUUGUACCCAGAUCUCCAAGAAACGAACUGAAACCAUCCCUGAUUCUCUCCAUUUUUAGUCGUGAAAACCACCACCUUUUUCAAAUACCCGUUCUUGCGCAUGUCCGGUUGUGAUGAUAAAUAUCCACAUCCAUGCAAGACAUUCAUUGUAGGUGCUGUUAUUUAUGUUAUUUAUUCUCGGCGGAAAUUAUCAUGCAUUCUAUCAUCGUAUAUUAAGGUGUGAAAGGCUAAAGCAUUGCUUUCCAAGACAUUGACUGUGUGUCAGUUUUUCGUAGGUUCAGCAUGAGCGUCUUGCCUCUCCAACUGAGUGGUUCAGCUGUAGAUUUUCACGUCAUAGGGUACGUAGGUGUAAUCUGUUUUUAGAAUGUGACGUAAAAUUGACGUUUAAUUGCUUCUGAAGCUAACGCCUGUUCAAGAGGCGCGUUGUAUAUACGUAAGACUGUUAUUAUCUUCUCCACGGAUAGGUGAUAAUUUAUUGUACCCGCUGACGGCAUUCAAGUGGCGAACUCUUAAAGUAUGUAGGUGGUAUGCUGCGUCGGUGGGAGAGUAUAACAGGGUCAUUUGGUAUUAUUAACCAAGUUGAUAACGUAAAUUGGCUGGAGCAAAUGGAAACUGACGAAGGGCUAACAAGCGAAACGUUAGCUUUGAAACUCUUAACGGUGGCCAAUUUACGUUAUGAACUCAGUUGAUAAUACCAAAUUACCUUGAUAAGGUAUAUGACUGGCUGUCUCGAUCUUCAAGUAAGAUAAACGAUAACUUGUUGCAUGCUCUAGUUAACAGCCGCUCCACUCUGUAGACUAUCUCGAUCUCCAUUUGAAACGCACGAAAAUUACAAAUUGUUACUGCAGCCAACGCCCGCUUAAGCCUUUAACUCCCAGAUCAAAUUUGUAAUUCUCCUUACUGUCAACCAUACAAUUCUCUUAUUGUUAGUUCAGAGAUUUUAGUAUUGGAUCUAAUUAUCCCCAAAUUGAUAUUUUCUUUGUUCUCAUCACUUAUGUGGUCGAUUUUGUAUUGAUACUAUGAGGAGAAAUUCUUUUUUGGUCACUCAUGGGAGUUAAAGGGUUAAGAGGCGAAGUGUGUAGGUAUACGGACUGACUCGGUCUUCUCCAUUGUUAGUCUUCCGUCAACAAUCUCCAGUCACCUGACACCUAUCAGAGUCUGAUAAAUCAAGCUUGAAAAUUUGAGCAUUGAACUUUUGUUUGAGCGUCUCCCCUGAAAACAUGGCAUUAUGCCGAAAAUUAGGCUUGAAAUGAUUCAUUAUGCUCAAUUUGAUAAAUGAUGGAAUCAUAGCUUUUAUAAGCCCCUCUACCAUUCCCCGCCCCUGCCCACUUAAUUUCCAUCACCACCAGGAACCACAUGGUAAGACCGGAAGAAGCUUACCGAAGUCCAGAACACGACAUUUUACUGAAUCAAUUUUCUAAAAAGCAGACAAGAAGCGAAGGCUCACAAUUGACAGUACUCAGGCUACAGAACUGAUCUCUUGUUGAACAUCAAAGGAAUUUUAAUGAAGUUUAGUCAUUUUAGCGACAUCUUGCUCAAUGCUCUGACUACAGCAUCAUGCCGGCAUAAUUUAUCUGACCUCAAACACCCAUCGAAAUAAAGGCUGUCACGUCAUUACUUCAUGCUGUUUUGGUUGUAGAAGCCUAUUUCACAACUCUUUUGGGAAUAAGAUGAAAAAAUUCAUCAAAUUCUGACGUAACAAGAGGUAACCGGAACUUGCAAGCACCACCGCUUUGUUAAGAAAAUGCUCUCUCAUGCUCUCAUUGAAAAAUAAAUGAAUGAAUGAAUAAAUUAUCCCAUUAUCCUCUCUUUGUCUGAAGUCUGUAAUAAAAAAAAUCGAUUAAAAUCAGUAGAUAUAUGGCUCGAAUAUAAAGCGGUAGAUGAUAUUUACAAAUACUGCCAAUCUACAUAUCCAAAACGAGUUGGACAUCCUUCCCAUCCAAUUUUCCGCAAACAGAAAUUUAGCUUGAUGAAUUUUUUUUUUUUUCAGCAGCAUUCGUAAAAUAAUUACGCUUUUUGUUUCGUGGUUUUUUGCUUGAAAGCCUUUGACGCAACAUUUUUGAAGCUGAAAGCAUAUUGCCGGCCAUUUAUUUCCACGAUGAUAUGACGUCAUUGCGUUUGAAUAAAUUUAUUCACUCAUGCAUGCACCAAGUCACGAACGGAGUUCAGACGAACUGAGAAAAUGUAAACAUGCUGCUCUGCACGAACAGUCGCGAAAAACCGCCUUAAUGUCGAACCACUUCGUACCGGUUAAUGUUAAAGGCAAUCCUGGAUUCCAAUAAUAACUUCUUCUUCCCGUGUUUGGGAGAAAAGUUACUUAUGAAGAUCAUGAAAGAACAACAGGAGAAUACGGAUUCGCCGCUUCUUUCGCCUUCGGAUUUGACGUCGAAGCGGCGAGUUCACUUUGCGGAUUUUGAUGGUCAGGAUCUGGUCUCUGUUAAAAUUAUUACACCGACAAAUAGCGAAGAAGACUUGUCCCUGAAAAAGGUAGUGGACAUCUUGAAUCACUCUGCCACGCCGGUUCAUUUAAAACGGUUCAGUUGUUGUUUUACACAACCUGGGCAAGAUGAGAACUUUUUAUCUCGUGUGAUAGAGCGAAAUGUUUGCUUGGAGAACGUUGUUUUUUGCGGGUUUGCCAUGACCGGGACUGUGAGAGUAAAAAACAUCGCCUUUGCGAAAGAAGUCACCGCAAGAUACACAGUAGAUGGAUGGAAAAACUUUCGCGAUGUUUGGGCCGAUUAUGUACUAAAAUCAUCUGAUGGAGAAACUGACAGAUUUCAGUUCAGAAUUUCAAUUCCUCAAGAUGUUGAUGUUGGGGCGAAACUCGAGUUUGCAAUUCGAUACCGUACAGCUGGUGAAGAGUAUUGGGACAACAAUUUUAAUCGUAAUUAUAGUGCAGAAUGUUUCCUCCAUACGAUUGUCGACAAAUGAUGUACACCGUAUCUUCCAAAGGUUUAUCGAGCAUCCCGCAAGUCACUGUGCAUUAUUACGUUUACCUUCGACGUCGUCAAGUUAUCGUGUCUGUGCGUUUGGAACGACGGUUUCGAAUCAGAAAAGGGCAAAAGAAGUGAACAGAAAGUUAUAAAACUGCUGAAAAAUAGUACAUAUUAAAACAACAAACGUGAUAGAGCAAUAGUACGGUGGUACAAGUUUUCCGGUAGGAUUUUAAUAUUAUAUAAACAAGUCACCUCGAAUGUAAGCCAUUCAUAUUUUUGUCGAAUAGAUUUAUGCGACUUGUGGCUAAAAGGAAACGAACUUGAGUAUUUUGUGCUCCUGUGCGGAGAAAACGUAUUUUACAUUGUUAAUAAUGUCAACUUAGGUAAUCGAGUUUCGAUCGUUGCGUUUUUUCUAAUUUAUGCGUGAAAGUGAACAAUAAUCUCUCAUGAAGAUCAUUUCAGUUUAACUAACGACUUUAUUUAUGGAAAACUCGAAAUUUAUAUAUCAUAGAUUAUUUUUCCAAAUUCUUAGUACCAAACCUGUGGUUUAAAUCGAGAAUAAAACAAAUAUUACGAAAGCGUAAUCGAACGGCGACUCCGUGGUCUUAUUUUAAUAAGAACAAUUCAGUCCAAGCAUCCAUCGAGAGAAUCAGCAUACUUUAAUUAGACUUUUGUCUUCAACUUCUCUUUUUGUAUUAUUGGAUAAAAACUCGGCAAGGGCAAAGAUCGAUGUGUGCUAAACCAACUAGUUUAUAUCACGGUGAUAUUACCUGAACAUUUCCUGUGGCGUGACAACUCUUGAAUAGCGUGAUUUUUGCACACCAUCGCGUCCGAUAGUUCAGAAAAGGAAAGUAACGGUCAACCAAGGUUCGUUUAACUCCAAAUGUAGAGUUUAAACUUUUGAAACGCCUGUUUACUUGUAAGUUGGAACCACCGCUGGGUUAUGGUGCUUCGUUCUUUUCUACUGUGACGUUACCUUACCGACCUGGGGUCCCACACACCCUUGUGUAGAUGCCUUAGUGUGCGCACCUAGAGCAAGAGCGAUUAGCUAACCUCCGAACAGGCCCUUAUAUUAGCGCUACAGGACGUGAGUUUUUUUCGCCCUGUAAGAGAUAUCAGAUAAGUCGGGGAGAGGUUUGCCGGGGGUCUGGCACAAUCAAUCAGUUUUAGACUCCCUUGCAAGCCUCACUACGACGCCUCAUGCUCUCCCUUGGCAAAGAAACGCUUAUAGGGAAGCGCUGAUGAUGAGAACCUAUUCAAAGCCUAGCGACUUGUUACAGCUAAGAUCCCUUCCCCUCAAACCAGAAAAAAUUAUUCAGGCAUCUUUAAGAUACUGAUGCAAUUUUCAUCCUUUUUAGUUCUCUUUCCGGUUUAAACAGGAACAGGUUAUUCCCUUUGCUGUCUUCCCAAUUUCAAUGUUCCUCGGCCAAUGUGAGUUCAAGUUAACCCUGUUUAUCCUAUCCUCGAUGCCUGUCGAUAAUAGGAAGUUUGCUAGCUCCAGGCGUGCGCACGCGAGUCUACGCAAGAUUGGAAGCUGCACUCCGGCUUUAACGCCGAUGUUCUAUCGCAGAAUUACUGAGAACUCGAUGGUGAACCUUACAGACCAUGGUAGCGCAGUAGUAUAGCAUCGAAGCGUGCUCUGUACAGUACCACGCCCGUGAAAGAAACGAUUAAAAUUUUUCCUCCUUGAGAUUCGAACCAUCUUUCUUAUCAUAUUUACAAAUUUAGAGGUGUCGAACAACAUCACCAUUUAUUAAGCUGUGAUGUCCUCUUCAACAAACAUCGUAAUUUUUAAGGUGAUGAAGGGUUUAAACAAGCAUUAGAAAAUCGUUAGUUCUACAUUCUGACAACUAAAAGCCUUUUCCAUCGACCAAAAAAUUGAAAUCAUUCAUUUUAUGACAAACACUGUCUCGACAUUGUCACGCCAGACAAAACCCUUCGAUGCUUCUUCCUUCCUCAAUCCGCGCAGGUCAGCACACAAAGAAAAAUCUAAUAACAAAUUGCUGCAAAAGUAGGCCAAAAUAUUGAGCACAAAUUCCAUGAAACAUAUUGUUAAAUAAAAUUGAACUUUCCACGCAAGUAAAAUGUACUAGAACUCCGUAUGGACGCUCAAGAUGCGACCUCACGCACGUCUUCGACCUAAAGGGACAUCGAUAAUGACGUCAUAGGCUGUCGGCGCUUUCUGACGAUUCAAUGUCCGCAUGCCAUGUCUAUAAAUGUCCUCAUGAACAGAUUUUGGGUGCAUUUUGUCCGGCUUUUUCACCAUAUCUAAAGAAAAAGGAAAGCUUUUCUCAGCCUCGAAGUCCUACUGAAAUAUUUCCUCACCGAUUCCGGUUGUUGUUCAUAAGCUACGAAUGUUUAUUGAAUUCAUGAAGUUAGUCACGCUUUUUUGGUGACGUUCGGUUGGCGUGUGUCCAGUUGAUAUAAAAAGCUUUUAGGAAAACAAACCGUCACAAAAUCUAGUUCAGGGUAUCGUGAAAAGAUAUUUACACGUGAGGAAAAGUAUUGUUAAAUAACACCCCGACGGUCAAGAGCUUUCGCUGGGAAAUCUUUCGCUGGCAAUCUGAGAAAGGUGUUUGGCUUUUGCAUCGAAGAAUCAGGCACGAUAAAAGCUCUGGAACAUUUGUAAGUAGAAAAAUAUAUUGUUUCUUCAGUAUGAUUAUUUCUCAAAGUUGAUGGGAUGGUCGGUAUACAAAUCAAAACUGCGUUUUAAAUUAUUCCUUCCAUUCGAAUUUGUGCAAAACAUGCAUAGAACCUUGGCUAGGCGCAAAGAUCGAUUAAGGCCAAAAUAUCGUUCAUUUUAGAUUCCGAAGUGACGUCAAUCUUCCGAGUUUUUCCGAGCAGUGGCAUCACUUGCCCGACUGCCGGAUACUGAAAGGAAAGACUUGAAUCACUUGACCGGCUGUGAUCCGAAAACAGAACAGAAAUGAAGAUGGAUGCGAAAGCUAAUAGCUCUGGGCCGACUCUAACAGGGUCUGCGACAAAGAGAGUCAGCUUCGCAGACCUAGUUGGUCUCAAACUCGAGUUCGUGAAAACAAUAACUCCGUGCAGUAGCGAAGAAAACUUAAUCGCCCUGGGUGCUCGGAAAAACAAUCGUGAUGUCAACGGUAAUGUGACCAGAAGACAACGAAGUAAAUAUCGAUAUCUUUGCCCGUGCUUCUUAGCACCUUCACGAGCAGAAUGCAGCUUUAUGGAAAGAGUUUUCAGCCAGAAUGUAUCCCUUGAGAAUAUCGCGUGCGAUAACUUUGUUGUUGCCGGACUUAUUCGAGUGACAAAUUUAUGUUACACGAAAGAGGUUUCCGUACGAUUUACAGUAGAUGGCUGGACGUCUUAUAAAGACAUUUGGGCAGAUUACCUGUCUUCUUGUUCAGAUGGAAACACUGACAAGUUUACCUUUCGUAUCACAAUUCCCUUUGACUUUGAAGCAAAUCAACGCAUGGAGUUUGCAAUACGCUAUCGUGCUUUAAACCAAGAGUUUUGGGACAGUAAUUACGGAAAUAAUUACCAUAUUCAGUGCAUAGAAGUCUGA